AUGUCUCUAAAUGACAUCAGAAACUUCUAUGAAGGAUGUGUUAAACCUCCAACUGUGAUUGGUCAAUUCCACAUCCGUUUCUUUGGAUUGAUCCGAAUGUUCUUCCUUGGGGUACUACGCUUUGCAGUUUAUGGGAAUGAGGCCUUACACUUUAGUUGCAAUUCAAACAAAAGAGAAAUAAAUCUCAUCUGUUACAAUCAGUUCAGGCCAAUCUCCCCACAAUUGUUCUGGGCAUUACAACUGAUUGUCUUGGUUCCUGGAGGUAUUUUCCAUCUUUAUGCUGCAUGUAAAAACAUCAAUCAAGAAUACAUUCUUCAAAAGCCUAUCUACACUGUAAUUUAUAUACUCUCUUUACUAAGAAUUAGUCUAGAGGCAACAGCAUUCUGGCUUCAGAUUCAUCUCUUUGGUUUCGAAGUAAAAUCUCUUUACCUGUGUGAUGCUAGAUCUCUUGGGAAAAACAUGAUUAUAAGAUGCAUGGUUCCAGAACACUUUGAAAAAACCAUUUUUCUCAUUGCAAUGUACACAUUUACAACACUUACAAUAGUAUUAUCUGUUGCUGAGAUUUUGGAGAUCAUAUUUAGAAGAUUAUACUUUCUAUUCAGACAAUGA